AUGGGGGUCACUGACGAGCCAAAGGCAUACAUGAAGUGGAGCAAAGAGCUUAGAAGUGACAUCAUCUCGAUCACACUCCCACCUGGAAAGACACUCGUAAUUCUCAACUCGGUGGAGGACGCUAAUGAACUCCUUAACAAAAGAUCUUCAAUUUUUUCCGAUAGAGCACAAACACCUAUGAUUACAAGCGAGAAAUUGUGGGUGUACAUACUUGGCUGGGGAAAUAACACAGGGAUGAUAAGAUAUGGUGAUCGCUGGAGGGCUCAGCGCCGGAUGACGCAUGAAACUUUGCACAAGAAGGCCAGUGAAAAAUUGUGGCCGACCAUUACCCGACAAGCACGAUCAUCCCUCGUAAGGCUAUUAGACGAACCCAGUAAUUUCUCAAAGGAAGUUAGACGCAUGGUUGGAUCAACUCUACUGUCGGUUGUUUAUGGGUACGAGGUCAGGUCUUCUAAUGACGAACUUGUUGAAGUCGUUGAGGCGGCCGUUGCUGGGUUUUCGCAAGCUGCAAUGAUCUCAAAUUAUUAUGUCAACGUUAUCCCAUGGCUACAGCAUAUCCCAGAUUGGUUCCCUGGUAUGGAAUGGAAACGAAAAACCAACGUAUGGCGUAGUCAGACAGAGGGCAUGCUUAAUAUACCUUUUGAAUGGACGAGAACCCAGAUGUCCAACGGCAACGCACCUCCUUCAAUGCUGACAAAACUACUGUCAAAAUGUACCGGCGAAGAGACUGACGAAGAUAUGGAUUCCAUUCGUUGGGCAACGGGAACCCUUUUUGCAGCCGGUACCGACACUUCUGCGGCAACUAUCUUAGUCUUUGUCAUGGCGAUGGCGAUGCACCCCAAGAUACAAGCAAAGGCUCAGGCAGAAAUCGACUCAGUCCUUCAAGGCGCUCGUUUACCAGAAAUAAGUGACUAUGAAUCUAUGCCUUAUAUGGGGUGUAUCAUCAAGGAGGUAUUUCGUUGGAGGCAUACUGUGCCCUUAGGUAAAUUUCACUCCACUCUACGAGGCCUCGAAAAUCUUGGGAGCGCUCCGGGACUCGCUAUCGUCGGCGAACACUCCAGGGUGUUCGGUGUGACGCUUGGAAGUGCUCAUGGAAUGCUCCCAACUGCUCGCCGAGCAAUCCGAAUCCGCCGGAUCCUAACGAGGAGGUUCCCAAAACUGGAGUACUUCAGAGCGCUCCAGAGUUUUGGAGGGGCCCGUAGAGUACUCGAAUAA